AUGAGCGAACAAUCGUCAACGCCGGGCAAGGACGGCAAGCCCCCCGCGACGGUCGUCACGGGCGACUACGACCUCUCGACGCCGAUCGACUCGAGCGUCGGCCUGCGGCAGGGCCUGACCUCGUACGGGGACAACCACUUCAGCCUGUUCCUCCGCAAGGUGUUCAUCAAGGCCCUGGGGUACAGCGAGGACGCGCUCUCGCGGCCCAUCAUCGGCAUCGUCAACACGUACUCGAGCUUCAACCCGUGCCACGCCAACGUGCCGCAGCUGAUCGAGGCCGUCAAGCGCGGCGUGCAGCUGAGCGGCGGCCUGGCCAUCGACUUCCCGACCAUCAGCAUCCACGAGAGCUUCGCGUCGCCGACGAGCAUGUACCUGCGCAACCUCAUGAGCAUGGACACGGAGGAGAUGAUCAAGGCCCAGCCGUGUGACGCGGUGCUGCUCAUCGGAGGAUGCGACAAGACGACCCCGGCGCAGCUAAUGGGCGGCAUAUCUGCCAACAAGCCCAUCCUGCAUCUCGUCACUGGACCUAUGAUGCCGGGAAGCCACAAGGGCGUGCGGAUCGGCGCUUGCACCGACUGCCGCAACAACUGGGCCGCUUACAGGGCCGGCAAGAUUGACAUUGAGGACAUCUCGGCCAUCAACGACGAGCUUGCCCCGACAGGCGGCACAUGCGGCGUCAUGGGCACCGCGUCGACCAUGGCGUGCAUCCUGGUCGGCCUGGGGAUGAUGCCCUUCAAGGGCGCCACCGCGCCGGCCGUCUCGUCCGCCAGGCUGCGGAUCGCGGAGCAGACGGGCGGGCUCGCCGUGGUCCUGCACAAGAAGGGCCUGAAGCCGCAGGACCUGCUCACGCGCGAGUCGUUCCUCAACGCCAUCACCGUGCUGCAGGCCAUCGGCGGCUCGACCAACGCCGUCGUCCACAUGAUGGCCAUCGUCGGCCGCCACCCGGCCGUCGCCGGCACCAUCACGCUCGACACCUUUGACGAGAUCGGCCGCCGGACGCCGCUGCUGGUCGACCUGAAGCCCAGCGGGCAGAACUACAUGGACGACUUCCACAACUCGGGCGGCAUGCUGGCCCUCCUGCACGAGCUGAAGCCGCUGCUGCACCUCGACGCCAUGACGGUGACGGGCCGCACGCUAGGCGAGGAGCUCGCGGCCACGCCCUUCACGCCCAUCCCCCGCGACAGCCUCGUCAACUGCCUACAGCCCUUCAACGACCCGCUGUACCCGGCCUCGGCGCUGGCCGUGCUCCGCGGCAACAUCGCCCCGGGCGGCGCCGUCAUCAAGCAGAGCGCGUCCAAGGACCGCCGGCUCCUCAGGCACUCCGGGCCGGCCGUCGUCUUCGCCGGCUCGGCAGACAUGGCCCUGCGCAUCGACGACCCGGCGCUGGACGUCACCCCGGACAGCGUCCUGGUCCUCCAGAACAUCGGACCCGUCGGCAACCCGGGGAUGCCCGAGGCCGGGCUCAUCCCCAUCCCGCGGAAGCUCGCCGAGCGCGGCGUCCAGGACAUGCUGCGGCUGUCCGACGGCCGCAUGAGCGGCACGGCGGGCGGCACCAUCGUCUUGCACAUCUCCCCCGAGGCGGCCGAUCCCGAAUCGGUCCUGGGCGUCGUGAGGACCGGCGACGUCAUCACGUGCGACGUCGAGCGGCGCGUCAUCCGGGUCGAGGUCUCGGACGACGAGAUCCGGAGGAGGAUAGCCGAGAGGAGAGAGGCGUUGGAGAGGGAGGAGGAGAACGGGGGCAGCAACGCGCCGUGGGUGGCCAAGAAGCGGAUCCGUGGCUACCGCGGGCUCUAUCUGCGUUCCGUGUUGCAGGCCGAGGGAGGCGCCGACUUUGAUUUCCUCACAGCUGAUGGCCCUUCAUAG